AUGUCGACGACGAAGCAGUCCCUGUCCGCGGCGGCCGGCGCGAAGCUGGCGGCCUACACGAAGCCGCAGAAGAAGCACCUCGCCUUCGGCUUGGCCAUGGGCGUCCUCGGCGUCUUCGCCAUGGGCGCGCUCGGCUCGCCGGACUGGACGAGCUGGGAGCUCAAAGCCGGGGGUUUUGAGAUCGAGUGGUCCGCGGGCCUGUGGGAGUACGCGCAGGAGGGCGACGUCCAGGACGACGGCGGCAAGGUCGAGGCGAAGGUCGACGGCCGCAAGUUCCGCAACUUCAAGGCCUACGAGCUGAACCGCUUCACGACGUUCUUCGCCUUCCUGAGCCUGGCGGCCAUGGCCGUCUACCAGAUCGCCGCGGGCUGCCUCGGAUUGGAGAAGUACGCGGCGCCCGUCGGCUACGCGAGCGCCGCUCUGCUCUUCGUCCUCGGCUUCCUGCUGAUCGUCGGCGCGGGCUACUUCGGCACGCGCAUGGAGGAGAACCCCUACGUCGACGACCCCGACGAGGUCGCCCACUGCGACCACGGCUGCGGUUUGGCCGCGCUGACGGGCGUGCUCGCCUUCCUCCUCGGCUUCGCCUUGCUGUACGCGACGCUCGCGACCGACGAGCGCGCGGAGAAGAUCCACGACUCCGCCGUCGUCCAGGACAUGGAGGCGGGCAUCAAAAAGCUCAAGGCCGGCGUCGGCAAAAAGAUGACCAAGCUCCGCGGCUCGUCCAAGGCGCCCGCGCCCGACGGGCCGCCAGCGGCCUACGCGACGGCCGCGGCGACCGAGGCCGAGGCCGCGGAGGCGCCGGCCGCGGAGACACCCCCCGCCGAGCCCUAG